ACUUCUUGGCCUCUUUCUCUUCUCUUUUGUAAGCCCCACAACCACUUUCGUGACUCCCCAUGCUCCCCAUCAGCCAUUCACACCCCUAAAACCCCACUCUACACAUAGGAAUCUCGUGGAGAUUCCCCCUUCAAUCUUUCAGCCCUGCUGUGCUCCACCUUUAUAUACGUACAAAUUUUUGUAGCUAUUCAGCCUGUUCUCAUGUAUGAAUGUCUAUUUACACAUCGGAUUCACCGUCUGACGUGACCGAACUGCACAUUUUGUGUAGAAUUGAGAAUCAUCUGUUGGUCUCUGUCUCUCGCGCUUUAUAAUAAGUGAACUUUUCAAGAUCAUUAUCACAUCCAAGAAUGUCUACAGCGUCAGUUGAUUUGGCGCAAAACAACGAUAAUGUCAAAAGUGGUGAUUGUGAAAAUGAUUUUGAUUUCUCAAAGCUGCCACAUAAGCCAAGAAACUUGAAUAUGGAGAGACAAAGAUCUUUUGAUGAGAGAUCACUUGUUGAAGCAUCACCUCGAUACACACCAUGGGCAGAAAAUGGGCAAAGACAUAUAGACAAUGAGAGUGUUUUUUCACCAAGUAGAAGAUCAUCCUUCAAUACACCAAGAUCACUUUAUGGGUUUGAACCACACCCAAUGUUUGCUGAAGCUUGGGAGUCUUUGAGGAAGACCAUGGUGUACUUUCGUGGUAGACCAGUUGGGACUAUUGCAGCUCUUGAUAAUUCUGAUGAGAAAUUAAAUUAUGAUCAGGUUUUUGUGAGAGAUUUUGUUCCAAGUGCAUUAGCUUUCUUGAUGAAUGGGGAACCUGAAAUUGUCAAAAACUUUCUUCUAAAGACUCUUCGCCUUCAAUCAUGGGAGAAAAAAAUCGAUAGAUUUCAACUAGGGGAAGGUGUCAUGCCUGCAAGUUUCAAAGUUCUUCAUGAUCCGAUUCGCAACACAGAGACUUUAAUGGCGGAUUUUGGUGAGAGUGCAAUAGGCCGAGUUGCCCCGGUUGACUCAGGGUUUUGGUGGAUCAUAUUGCUUAGAGCUUAUACAAAAUCAACUGGAGAUAGUUCUUUAGCUGAAACACCUGAUUGCCAAAAGGGUAUGAGGUUGAUUCUUGCAUUAUGCCUUUCAGAAGGUUUUGAUACUUUUCCUACUCUUCUUUGUGCUGAUGGAUGCUCCAUGAUUGAUCGAAGAAUGGGUGUAUAUGGAUACCCAAUAGAAAUACAAGCUCUUUUCUUCAUGGCAUUAAGAUGUGCUUUAGUUUUACUCAAACAAGAUGCUCAAGGAAAAGAACUUAUUGAUCGAAUCACAAAACGUCUUCAUGCCUUGAGUUUUCACAUGAGAAGCUAUUUUUGGUUGGAUUUAAAGCAACUAAAUGACAUUUAUCGUUACAAAACCGAAGAGUAUUCUCACACUGCAGUUAAUAAGUUUAAUGUGAUACCUGAUUCACUUCCUGAAUGGGUUUUUGACUUCAUGCCAACUUUUGGAGGAUACUUUCUUGGAAAUGUGGGGCCCUCAAACAUGGAUUUCAGGUGGUUUUGUUUGGGGAAUUGCAUUGCUAUUCUUUCAUCUUUAGCAACUCCAGAACAAUCAAUGGCAAUUAUGGAUCUUAUUGAAGCAAGAUGGGAAGAGUUGGUUGGAGAUAUGCCUUUGAAAGUUUGUUAUCCAGCCAUUGAAAGCCAUGAUUGGAGGAUUAUUACAGGAUGUGAUCCAAAGAACACAAGAUGGAGUUACCAUAAUGGUGGAUCUUGGCCAGUCCUCUUAUGGUUGCUCACGGCAGCAUGUAUCAAGGUGGGCCGCCCCCAAAUUGCAAGGCGGGCCAUUGAGGUGGCGGAGCUCCGGCUGGCGAAAGACGGUUGGCCGGAAUAUUAUGAUGGAAAGAGUGGCCGAUAUGUUGGAAAACAGGCUCGAAAGCAUCAAACAUGGUCAGUUGCUGGUUAUUUGGUGGCCAAAAUGAUGCUUGAAGAUCCUUCACAUUUAGGUAUGAUAUCACUUGAAGAAGACAGACAGAUGAUGAAACCCGUUGUGAAAAGAUCAUCCUCCUGGACUUGUUGAUGUCAAUUUUUCCGUAUUUUUAUCGUAUUUGUAAGAUUCGAGGUAUUUUCGUUAGGGUUUGUGUAGACAUGGGGAUUUCAGGUUUUAGAUUUUUCGGUAGAGAAUUCGAUAUGGUGGUUUGUAGAACUAGAAAUAGAUGCAAAACUUAUUCGUCUUGGUUCAUUUAAGAGUCUAAUUUAG